CUCCACAUCUAGAAAAGUCUUAUUCUCCAAAGUUUUCUGCAGAUUUCCUUUGCUGUUAACUUGUUAUUGGCUAUUUCCCCUGAUUCCGGUUAUUCAGUUCUGUAAUAAUAACUUCUCUGUAGUUUACUUUAAAUCUGCUCAGAGAAAGAUAUGGGGAGAGUUUAUGUGAUAAAUCUGGAAGGAAAGAUCUAUAACUGCAAACACUGUCAGACCCAUCUUGCUCUUGUUAAAGACAUCGUUUCAAGAAAUUUAAGCACCAUCCAAAUCCAAAUGAUGUGUUUUUCUUUACUUCAUGUUCAGAAUUUCACUUGCAGACAUGGGAAGGCUUAUCUUUUCGAUAAGGUUGUGAAUGUGAAUGUGGGAGCGAAAGAAGACCGGAUGAUGAUAACCGGAUUGCACACCGUUGUCGACUUAUUCUGUGUUGGGUGCGGGGCAAUCGUCGGUUGGAAAUAUGAAUUUGCACAUGAGAAGGCCCAAAAAUACAAAGUCGGGAAGUUCAUCCUAGAGAGGUAUAGAGUGUCAGGUCCAGACGAAAACAACUCUCGGCUGAAUCUUGAAGUUGCUCAGGCUAAUGUUAGUGAUGAUGCCGACGAUGAUUGAUUAAUAUAGAGGAUGCAGCAAGCAAAUAGACAUCCUUUUGACUGUUUUUAACAAUAAUUUGUACAUAUUGCCGCAGAUUUGAAUGAUGUUCUUAAAUUGUUUCAAAUUUCGCUAGAAGGAUCUGUCUCCCAGUUAUGUAAUUAUUGUUAAUCUUCACUACACCAGCAUCAAUUCAAGCUUUGAAUCAGAAGUAGCUAAA